UCUAGUUUCUUCUCUUAACUGCUUUCACUCUUUUUUAGUGAGAGAAAAAACCAAAUCACAAAUCACAACCCCUUCUCAACUUAGAUUUCGAUUUCAAUUUCUCAGAAAAAAAGUAAAAAAAUUGAAUUAAUUUUUUCCUCUUGAUUUGAUGAAGAUCUUACUGAUGGAUCUCAUGUAGUUCAAAUCCUGAUUUUUUUUUUGAAUUUUUGAUUUUUUUCGAUCCCAGAUUUGAUCAAUUUUCUCGUUUAUUUCUUCAAUUAGACUUGAAAAUUGAAGAAAUCUGAGAUUUUGGGAUUUUUUUUUUUUGUGUAGAAGAUGAACCGACUUUUUGAAACGAUUUAUUGAGCAGAACCGUUUUUUUCAUCAUCAUCCAGUUUUUAUAAAGCGAUGAGUAAUUAGAAUUCGGCUAAUUCUAAGGAAGUUUUUUUUUCUGCCUUAUAUAAAUUCAAAUAUGCCUUCAGUAGGGAUGAUCCGUUCCACUAGAGUAUUUGUUCCAAAAUCACCUUCAUCUUCAUCAUCAUCUGUGAGAAGUAGCAAGAAAUUGAAGAUAAGAAGAAAAAAAGAAAUUGAUUCUGCUUCUGGUGAUUGGUUGAAUCAGAGAGUUAAUAACUUUACAUCUAAUAAUAAAGUUGUUGUUCUGAAUCAUCAGUAUGAAUCAAUUAUGAUGGAAUUCAACAAAGAAACUCAAUCAAUUGGUAAAGAAAUUACUGUAAAGAAGGAACCAGUGUUGAUAUCUGAUACUGAAUUUGUUCAGAGUAAGAGGUUUGGGAAUGUUUACAGUAGGAAAAGAAGGAGAUUGUUGAAUGGGGGAAUGGAGGGGGUGGUUCAAAGGAAUGAAGAAAGGAUGUUUGGUAAGCAAUUUGUUCGUAAACAAUCGAAAGGGAGGGGAAAUUUGGGGUCGAAGGAGUUGAAUUCAUCAUCAUCACCACUUAAAGAAGUGGAAUUGGUGGUAAUUAGGGAUUCGGAGGAGAAUUCAUUGCCACCACCAGUUAAAGAAUCAGUUGAUAAAAGGGUUGUUCUUUCUUUUCUGAUUGAUCCUACUACUGCUACUACUUCAUUGAGUAGUGGUUCUCAGUUUUUGAACUCUAUUCUGAGAUACAUGUGGAAGAAGAAGUUAAGAUUGUCACUUCUUGCUGCUUUCAUGAAUGAUCAAACAAUCUCCAGGGUUUUCUCUGCUCAUGGUGGGAUUCAUCUUUUACAAGAUUCUUUACCAUCAUCAUCAUCAUCUUCAUCUUCUGGAAUUUGCAGGAUUCAACGGAGUCGAAACAAUGUACCUAUAUUUUCUGUUGAUUUCUCUGCAAUUCCUAUUUCGUUUAUUAGAUUACAUUUAGCUAUGUCUUUAGAAUGUCAAAGAUUACCCCAUUGUGUACAAAUUUUACUGAAUGGUAAUGUGGGUUCUGGAAAGUCUUUGAAGAAGAAGAGGAAGGUGGUUGAAAUUACUGGUGGGAAUGUGUUAUGUUUGAGUUCCCCUGUGAAUAAGCAGAUUUGUUCGAGGAAAUUUAUUGUUAACCCACUGUCGACGGUUUUCUAUUCGGAUAUUUUGAAUUCGGAUGAGCCUUUCUUUGCUUCCGGUGAGGAUUGGGUUUCUACUGCAGUCUCUAAUUGUGAACCUAGGCAGAAUCAGAGGAAGUCUCCAUUGAUAUGUCAGCUGAAUACGGAGGCAGAUUUGAUACCUGGUAAUGAUUGGACUCCUCUAGUCCAUGAACCUAAACACAAGAAGAAGAAGUUAUCUAAGGAUCCUACUUAUGACCCUAAUACGGAGGUGGAGGCGGAUUUGUUUAUAACUGGUAAUGAUUGGACUCCUCGAGUUCAUGAACCUAAACAUAAGAAGAAGAAGUUAUCUAAUGAUCCUACUUAUAACCCUUAUAGUGAAUUAGAAGGUGCCGCACUGGAUUCAGAGAACGAGAUUGAUAUGCCACCUUGCUCUGCAAGCGUAUUAGUUCUUGAGUCGGAUAGAUGCUACAGGAGAGAAGGAGCGACAGUGAUGUUAGAGUACUCGUCUUCGAAGGAGUGGGUACUCGUGAUCAAGGAAAAAGACUUGGUCUUGUAUAGCUAUAAACCAACAGACUUGCCUUGGAGCUCUAUGAGUAAGACUAAUCGGUUUACUCUGGCAAUGAUAUGGACUGGUUCAAAUGGUUGGAAUUUAGAGUUUCCUGACAGAGAAGACUGGUAUAUUUUUAAGAAGCUCCAUCUGGAGUGUAUUCGUAGGAACUCGAAGGCUGAUUUGGAAAAGGCAACCCCUGGACCUACUGUUCGGGAAGUACCAGCUUUGACGCAGCCAAUCCCUGUACCUAUUUUUCGGGCAAUACCAGAUUAUGGGAACUGUGAUUAUGUGCCAUUUGUACAACCUGGUGUUUACAUAACCAGGGAAGACGAUAGGUUUACAAGGUACGAUGCUGAUUCAGGUGAUGAAGAAUGGUUGGGUAAAGUAAAUAAUGAUCGUUACAGAGAAAAUAGUGUAUCUUUGGAGAAGUUCGAGGAACUGAUUGAGGCAUUUGAGAAAGCUGUCUUUUAUAGCCUUAAUAACAGAAUCGACGAGAGCAGGGCUGUCGCUCUUUGCUCAGAUACAGGGCAGAACCUAGUGGUGGAUGUGUAUAGAUAUUGGCUGAAAAGACGGAAGCAAAAACGAGCUUCUCCGCUAAUAGUUUUCCAGGGUCGACCAACAAAGAAGGUUCAGUCUGCUCUCAAUAAGCCCGUAUUACGUAAAAAACGAUCAAUAAAGAAGAAAAGAGAACAUCUUGCCAGAGGCCCACGCAAACUUUACUUCCAUGAGUUUGAUCCGGAAUUUGAUCCAAUAAAACAGAAGGAAAAAGAGAAGGAAGAGGAAGCACAUAGAAUCAAAAAACAGAAGGAAGAUGAAGCACGUAGAAUUCAAAAACAGAAGGAAGACGAAGCACUUAGAAUCCAAAAACAGAAGGAAGACGAAGCACUUAGAAUCCAAAACGAGCAGGAACGUGUGGCUCAAGAAGAACAGGUGCGAAAAGCUCGUGAAGAUCACUUACGUCAAUCUGAAAAUGCAGAUAUCCUCAGAGUUGAACAAGCAACUAAAGCUGCACAGGAAAAAUUGGAAUUAGCAUUACAGAAACGUCAGCGAGCACAAACUCUAAUGGGAUAUGCUGACUUGGCAGCAGAGUGGGCAACCAUGGCAAUGAAGAUUGCCGAAGCUGCUCGAAUAUCCGGGUCUUCAGAGACAGCUGCUUCAUCUUAUCUGGAUGAUUGAUUCUAGGGUAAAGUUGGUAUAUACUAGAAGUUCUUUUUUUUUUGUUCAUUGAUUUUUUUUUACCGAUCUUCAUGCUCAAAUUCUUGAAUCUGUACAGCUUUUAUGAGAAGUUAUGUAUCUUCUGUAUAUAUGAGGAAGUAGUAUAUGCUUGUACUAUUAUUCUUUAA